GACUGUCAGUGCGCAUUUCACAUUGGCAAGCAGGAGCCAGAAGUGAACCAGAGGAGACCGAGAGGAGAGAGUGAGUGUGCUACAGAGGAAACAGAUUGAGAGACUCCAGUGGAGGGGGCGAGAGGCAACUUCACCGGGGCUUAUCACUGUUCACCGCCGGGGAAGAGUGGGGAGAUCGCUUUCCAGCGCAGCAUGCACAAGCAGGUUAAAGAGUGGACCGUGGACGAACGUAUUGAUUCACUGAUUCAACCCUCCUGGUUCUCUUGUGGACUGUGAGAGAGCACAGUGAGAAAUAAAAUUGUGCCAGCGUGCGUAGGAAAGGACAUUGUGGAAAGGAAGCUGAUGCACUGGAGAAAGUUACCAACUAUGGAGAUUCAUUGUUAACCGAGUUCACAAAGUGUCUGGGCCAUUCUGAAACACCGCUUUGGAAACUGGAUCAUUUUGUAGACGCAUCCCAGUGCGCUUGUACUGCCCGUCCGGUGGUAUCCCUGUGCCGCGGUGGACCAUAACCAGCUCCAUCACAGUCGCAUUGACGAGGCGAUUGAAUUCUUCCCCGCGAAACAAUCAGCGGUCGAAGCAAAUAAAAUGUCUGCAUUUUACCUCCUCGUUUGCCUUAUGGUAACAGCCACCCAAGCAGCCUACUUCUCCCAGCAGCCUCAGGACCAAGUGGUUGUGUCUGGCCAAUCAGUGACUCUGCCCUGUGUCAUCGUGGGUUACCGGGGAAUGGUGCAGUGGACCAAAGAUGGUCUGGCACUGGGUGGAGAGAGAGACCUACCGGGCUGGACACGCUAUUCCUUAAUGGGCGACCCGCUAUCAGGCGAGCACAGCUUGCUGAUUGAUUCGGCAGAGCUGGCGGAUGACGCGGUGUAUGAGUGUCAGGCUACACAGGCGGCACUGCGCUCCCACCGUGCCAAGCUCACUGUACUAGUUCCUCCCUCAGACCCAAUAGUGGAGGGGGGCCCUGUUGUACGUCUGAAGGCCCACGCACCACACAACCUCACCUGCAGAGCCUCGGGAGCCAAACCUGCUGCUGAAAUCACCUGGUACAGAGACGGAGAGGUCAUGGAGUCUGCAAUUUAUUCCAAGACACUGAUGGAGGAUGGGAAGAGGGAAGUGGCUGUCAGUAUGCUUCCAAUCAUCCCCGAGGACAGAGACUCUGGACGCACCUACACCUGCAGGGUCCUGAACCCAGCCGCCCCUGCUGGACGACAAACAUCCGUCACUAUCAAUGUCCAGCACCCCCCUUCAGUGACUCUGUCAGUCCAGCCUCAGACUGUGACCGAGGGAGCCAAAGUCCUGUUCAUCUGCUCUGCUUCUGCCAAUCCUGAAAUCACUGGAUACAGGUGGUCUAAAGGAGGAGUUCCCAUUUCUGAAGCUAAUGGGGACAGCCUUGAGGUGACGGUGGACCAUUCCUACUUCACAGACCCUGUCUCUUGUGAAGUGUCCAACUCCGUGGGCAGCACCAAUGUCAGCACCUUGGUUGAUGUGCAAUUCGGUCCUCGGCUGCUUUCAGAGCCGAAGCCUAUGACAGUGGAUACAGGGAUGGAUGCAGCCUUUACUUGUGCAUGGACAGGAAACCCUCCCCUGACGCUGGCCUGGACCAAGCAGGGAUCGAGCGUGGUUCUCAGUAAUGGUAACACCUUGCAGCUGAAGGCUGUAACCCAGGAGGAUGCUGGCACAUACACCUGCAAGGCCAUUGUUCCGCGUAUAGGAGUCGCAGAAAGGGACGUGACUCUGACUGUGAAUGGUCCACCUAUCAUCACAGCGGAUGCCACGCAGCAUGCUGUCAAGCACUCCAAGGGCAAGCUGGAGUGCCUGGUGGGAAGCAGCCCCCCACCUGAUAAGAUUGUGUGGACCUUUGGAGACAUGAGCUUGUCCUCUGGCUCCUCCGGUCGUUUUUCAGUGCAGACAGUCACCAGCGACCACGGGGUCCUGUCUUCUCUUGUGCUCUCCGAAACUCUGGCACAGGACUUCCAGCUGCGCUACAACUGCACCGCCUGGAACCGCUUUGGCACCGGCACUGCCCUGGUCACGCUGAAGGAGCAAGAAGCUCUUCCAAUGCUGAUCAUAGUUGGUGCAGCAGUAGGCGGAGGCUGCGUCCUCCUCAUCUGUGUCAUCACUCUGGUCUCUCUCUGCUGCAGGCACACUGGCAAAGGUAAGAAGUGCACCCGACUUUCUAAGAGUGACAUCAGAGUUCAGAUUGUUCACAGUGAUCACAACGCUACGCGUGGCAACGAUGAUGAGGAGGAUGUGAAAGAGCCCAUGGCUCCAAACAGCAGCGAGUCUCCUGGGACAUCGCGUACAGAACACAGCGACCUUCUGGAGGAGGAGGAGGAUGAGAGAUCGGACAUCAAGGACCCUACCAAUGGCUACUACAACGUACGUGCCCAUGAAGAUCGCCACAUCCGCAGCAGUGGAUUCUCUGAAUAUGUGCCCAACUCUCGACCCGUCUACACUCCAUCACAACUGCCCUCCCCCAGCCCCCUUUAUGGUCAGCACAGCACCCAGCCCCGUGUCUAUGACUUCUCCCACCGAUACGCUACCACCACAGGGACCCGAUCCACAUAUGAACAGCAGCAGGCUGCACAACAGCAGGCUGCCCAGCCAGCCAGUAUCUACCCCACUGACCCCCUGUACAGCGGCUCUGCUUACCUACCUGCCACCUAUGGUCGUGCCUUCACCAGCUACGUUAAGCCUGCCUCCUACGAGAAGGUGGAUGCGUAUGAUCAAUCAGACCAGGCAAGCAAGGUGUCCAGCUCAUCCCGCUUCUCCUAUGCCUCUUCACAAGUGUCCUCCCAGCAGUCUGACUAUGGCCGGCCCUCACAGCGCAUGCAGACUCACGUCUGAUUGGACAAAAGAGUGGUGACAAGACGAGUUCAGGAGCAGCGAGUACAUAACCACUGCCACCUCUGCAUGAGUGUGGCUGGACUAACAUGAGCAGAGACUUUCUUUAACUGAAUGGUCCUUUGAGGACAUGCUUGGACAUAUUUGGAUGGAGCUGUAUGAUUUAGGUUAUGGAAUAACCAUCCUUAAUUUAUUUGUUGUCAAUUAAGGUGGGAUCUACAGUAACGGUUCCUGUAGAGGCCUGAGCUGGUGAAUUCAGCAGAUUGUGUUGUUCCACUCAAACUCAUAAUGACUCUAGUGUGAUACCUCAACAGGUUAUCUUUACAUGAUGACCACCCGAACCUGUGGAGAUACUCUGUCAGUCGAUUUUGGGUGCAAGGGCAAACCAGAGAACAAAUCAAAUGCAUCUUCAGACACUGGAUGGCCAAAACCACUGGAGAAGCUGUUUACCUGGAUUCCAGAGCCUACCUUGUGUCACCCUGAAUAAAAUCUCAACCAUGACCUAUAAAAGAAUUUGGGAGAAGCUGAAAAUACAAGACGUAUUUGAGGAGAAAAAAGAUAUUAACAACCUAUUGUCGUCCGUCAUUUGGUGUUUGUUGGCAUGCGAAAGGAAUUCUAAGCACAUUUGUGUCUCUAUCAUCAACAAAAGACUGAGCUACACAGAGACAGUCAUAAACCAUUCUGCACAACAGGCUAGCUCUACUUAACGACACAUGCUACAGGCGCUGUACGGACAGUCUAAUCAGCGAUGGAAUCCUUUUGGCCUGAGCUGCAUUCCUGGAGCUUUGUGGAACAUCACCUGUUAAUGAUCCUGACAUGCUGGACUAAUCAGCAUUGCUUACAGGUGGACAAAAGGAGGAAAUAUGAGAAGAAUGCGUGUUGUUGCCUACAUUUUAAUGAGGCGCUAUGUUAUCUAUGUUUGUUGCAGAUUGUUCUGACAAGAUAACGCCAUGAAAAUCCAAAGAUGGUAAUAAUUGUUCAGAAGAAAAAGAGGGCUGAGACUGCACACUGCUGUCCUACUCUCGGUACUGUUUUUCUAAUGUGUUUUCUCACUGUGGAAUUAAGAGAAAGUUAAUACCAGUACAAUCAUAGGGGAUGAUUUGGAUAAUAGUGGCAAUCUUGAACUUAAAGUAAGCUUGAAUGCGGUGUCAACUUCAGCAGGCUCAGAUGGUAAAAACGUGUCAGGCAGUGCCAAUUUGGACCAUACACUCUCCAGAUUUACAGCUCAAUCAAGUACUCUCAACAUGUUUACAAGAAACAGUACUACCCUGAAAUACUAAACAUCUGUACAAAUGGCUGAGCCCAUACUUUCUCUCUCUGUUGCAUGCAAAUGAUGUGUGUAGUGAAACUCUUCAGCGUUUAUUUUCAUGUCCACUCCAUGUUUGAGACAUUGGUUUCUGCACCUGGCCCAGUUGCAUUCCACUUCCAGAGGCCUGGAAGUUUCAGUGUGGAAGCCUGUACUGCCAUUGGUCUAAAAAGCUGUUACCAGGCAGCCUGAUUAGAGAACAAACGUCACUCAAAGUGAAAAGAAAAGGUCAUCGCUUGUCUUUAUUUUUAUAUUUUAUAUAAGCCUUAAUGUACAGCGUGUGAGCUGCUCUAUUGUAAAGUAUCUUUAUAUUAUAUACAUAUGUAUCUAUCUUGGUUGAUUUUAUUUGAGUCCACAGAUUUUUCUUCUCUAAGUUCUUCAUCAAUCACUGAAUGCAGUUACUAUGCUUUUUUCAAACACAACUAAUUGCCAUUUUUUUGUUUAUUAUUUUUAAUAAUGUAUUAAGAAUUUUAUUUGCUAAAAAUGAGCUAUCGUUGCUUGUAC